GUGGCAUUGACGUGUUUUUAUGAAAUGUGCGAACACGUCCCUUGAUAGUAUCGUUACAAUAAGUUUUAUUUAAUAUGCGUGUAUUUAAAUACGAUGUUAUUCAACUAAUUACUGCGAUACAUAAACGACCUUGCUUGUGGGAUAAAACUGUUGACAAUUAUAAAGAUCGUACUGAACGGAGAGCCGCUUGGGAAGAAGUUUUCACAAUAGUAGACGAUGGUUAUAAUGAUUUAAGUGCUGAGGACAAACGAAUUACCGGAGAAAAAAUUAUAUGCAAAUGGACUAACAUACGCGAUACUUUCGUUAAAUCGCUCAGAUCUCGCAUGGGGGCACCAAAAAGGAAAUACGUUUACUACGAUCAUUUAACCUUUCUUUUAAAGUCUCAGAUAUUGGAUCACGACACUAAUGGCGAUUCCGUUUUCUUUAUAAACAAUGAUAACUCGCCUAAAAAAGAAAGUUCUAGAAAGAGAUCGAGAAGAACGGAGAACUUUGCUUCUGAGAGCGAUUAUGAACAGAAUCAUAAUUCAGAAGUUAUGUUAGAUCAAAGUGACAAUGAAAUUGAACAAAGUGUCUUAGUAGAUACAAGUGAUGCUAGAGUAAUGAAUGAAGACGAGGCAUUUUUUGCGUCGCUCCUGCCUACAGUUGUAAAAUAUAAUGAAGAUGAAAGGCUGGAGUUCAGAAUGGAAGUGUUAGGGGUAAUGAAGAAAAUAAGAGAUAAAAGACAUUGGGGUUCAAAAUUAGAAUCUUAGAUAAGUUAAUUCCUGUGUGAAAAUAAUAAUGUAUAGUUAAGUAAGCACUAAGCAUAGAUAAAAUGUCACCAGAGGAUCAGAUAAGAUCUUGGUAAUUUGGCGGAAGUGUGUAAAUGUGCAAGAACUGAAAAUUGUAGCAACACAAUUUAAUUAGGCUAAUAUGAUUUAUUUUGUUAA